GGCGGCACCGGAAGCCCGGUGGGGACCUUUUCGGAGGCGUACUGACCCGACCGUCAGUUCUCCCUUGUCCGGAAGGUGGUUUCUUCCCAGUCCCAGAAUCCAGACACUACGGGCUUUAUGUAGGAGCUGAGAGAAGCAUGAACCAGAAGAUGCUAAAGUUGGAGAAUUUGCUGCGAUUUCACACUGUUUGUAGACAACUGCAUAGCCUUGGUCAAAGAAGAACGUUAGCACAGUGGAGGCGUGUGUUUUCAUCUGCUUACCCAGGAUGGGCAGCUCAGCAGUACACCCAGCCCUGGCAAACAGACAUGCUGCUUGGGGCUGCUUUAUCUCAAUAUAGGCUUCUAGUAACAAAGAAGGAAGAAAGAUCACGGAAAUCUCAGUUAUCUUCACCAAAAUCUAAAAAGGAGGUGGAGGCAUGGAUUGGAAUGACUGUUGAGGAGCUGGCUACAGCAAUGGAGAAGGACAUAGAUUAUAUAUAUGAAGCUUUAAUGAACACUUCUAUCGACAUAGACUCACUAGAAGCAGACUCACACUUAGAUGAAGUCUGGAUCAAAGAAGUAAUAAAGAAGGCAGGGAUGAAGUUAAAAUGGAGCAAAUUAAAACAGGACAAAGUCAGAGAAAAUAAAGAUGCUGUGAGAAGGCCCCAGGCAGAUCCAGCUUCAUUAAUCCCAAGGUCCCCAGUUGUUACAAUAAUGGGCCAUGUCGAUCAUGGGAAAACGACACUACUUGACAAACUGCGAAAAACUCAAGUGGCAGCAAUGGAAGCUGGAGGCAUCACUCAGCACAUUGGUGCUUUUCUUGUCUCUCUGCCUUCUGGGGAAAAGAUAACCUUUCUUGAUACUCCAGGACAUGCUGCUUUCUCAGCAAUGAGAGCCAGAGGUGCUCAGGUCACUGAUAUUGUCAUAUUGGUUGUAGCUGCAGAUGAUGGAGUAAUGAAACAAACUGUAGAAUCUAUUCAACAUGCCAAAGAUGCUCAAGUGCCUAUUGUCCUUGCCAUAAACAAAUGUGACAAAGCUGAUGCUGAUCCUGAAAAAGUAAAAAAAGAACUGCUAGCUUAUGAUGUGGUAUGUGAAGAUUAUGGAGGUGACGUACAGGCAGUGCAUGUCUCCGCACUCACGGGUGAUAAUUUGAUGGCCUUGGCAGAGGCAACAGUUACUCUCGCAGAAAUGUUAGAAUUGAAAGCAGACCCCACUGGUCCAGUGGAAGGUACAGUGAUAGAAUCUUUCACAGACAAAGGAAGAGGUCCUGUUACUACAGCAAUAAUUCAAAGAGGAACUUUGAGAAAAGGCUCGAUUCUGGUUGCUGGAAAGAGUUGGGCAAAAGUGCGUUUAAUGUUUGAUGAAAAUGGAAAAACAAUUAAUGAGGCCUGUCCCAGCAUGCCAGUGGGAAUUAUAGGCUGGAGAGACCUCCCUUCUGCAGGGGAUGAAAUUCUUGAAGUAGAAUCUGAGUCAAGGGCACGUGAAGUUGUUGAGUGGAGAAAAUAUGAGCAGGAAGAGGAAAAAAACAAAGAGGAUCUAAAAAUGAUAGAAGAAAAGCGAAAGGAACACCAAGAAGCACAUCGAAAAGCCCGUGAGAAGUAUGGCACUUUACAUUGGAAGCAGAGAUCAUUUAUAAAGUACCAAGAAAAAAAAGAACAAAAGAUCUUAAGGCCAAAAGAGAAACUAGAAAGAGAUUCAAAUAUACUUCCUGUAAUUAUUAAAGGUGAUGUUGAUGGUUCCGUUGAGGCCAUUCUGGGCAUUAUGGAUACCUAUGAUGCUUCACAUGAGUGUGAACUCGAAUUAGUACAUUUUGGUGUGGGUGACAUCAGUGAAAAUGAUGUUAACCUCGCUGAAACGUUUCAUGGUGUCAUAUAUGGCUUCAAUGUGAAUGCAAGCAAUGUUAUCCAGCAGUCAGCUGCAAAGAAAGGAGUAAAAAUUAAACUUCACAAAAUCAUUUACCGUCUCGUUGAGGAUUUGCAGGAGGAACUGAGCAGCAAGCUGCCCUGCAUUAUGGAAGAGCACACACUAGGUGAGGCUUCUAUACUAGCUACCUUCUCCAUAACAGAAGGGAAGAAAAAAGUUCCUGUGGCUGGCUGCAGAGUCCAAAAGGGACAGUUAGAAAAACAAAAAAAAUUUAAAUUAAUCCGUAACGGACAUGUUAUUUGGAAGGGCUCAUUAACCUCACUGAAACACCAUAAAGAUAAUGUUUCUGUCAUCAAAACUGGAAUGGAUUGUGGUCUCAGUUUGGAUGAAGAUAAGAUAGAAUUUCAAGUAGGAGAUGAAAUUAUUUGUUAUGAAGAAAAGGAAGUUCUAGCCAAGACCUCUUGGGACCCAGGGUUUUAAAAUUCUAUUAAAAAUAUUGAAGAUUAAAUAAUCUUGCUUUAUCAGGCAACUAGUUUGCUUCAUAUAAGGUAAGAAAUCACCACUUGUCAGUUAAUGCCCAAGUAAUUCUGUCAAGCAUUAGCAUGCAUAACUGUCAAAGUAGGAAAAUGUAAAAAAAAACCCAAAAACUUAAGGAUGCCUCCAACCAGAAAUCUUGGUAACAGUAAAAAGGAGUUGUUCAUUGGCCUACCAUGGAAUGUAAGAAUCAGUUAAUGAACUUCAAGUGACUGUUUUACUUGAGUGGUACCAAGAGAAGCAGUCCUCUGAAAUGAGUUCCUUGGGCAAAAUAAGGCACCAAAUACUGCUUGAAACCCUAUUUUUCAGUAUCACCAGGACUAAUGAGCAAACAUUAGAAUUUGAAAACCUUCUGGAGUUCAGACUCAACACUGAACAGUAGAGUGUAUUCCUUUGUGCUGCAGACAGGAAACAUCCCAGCCAAGCCACUCAGGGAUUUAGGAUGAAGUUUUGAAUUGGCAAUUUUUAGUUCAGUCUUUGUGUGUGAAAUAUGUCAUAGCCUCUUUUUAGGCAAUGCUUUAACACCAAUUCACACAAAUCAGUGCUUCUCAAUUUGGGGGUAGGGAUUAGUCCUCCCUUACCCAGCGGUCAUUUGGCGAUGUAUGCAUACACUUGAGUGUGGCAGUGGGGGUGGAGUGCUACUGCCAUCAUGUGGGUAGAGACCUAUGAUGCACAGAACAGCGCCCACCAAUUACCUGGUCCAAAAUGUCAGUAGUGCUGAGGUCAAAAAACUGACAGAAACACAAACUGCUUUAUUAUCUAGACAGCUGAUAAUGAAUAUAAUGGAAUUCUACCAAUGUGUAUGUAUUAUCAAAGAAAUGGUGUGAUCUGUCAAUGUGACAAAAGUCACUGGAAUAAAAUUCAACAA